GGUUGGUGUGUGGGUGGGAGGAACGCCUCUCCCCGGGGCAGAUGUGAGCGCGCGUGGGGGAGCCCCAAGAAAUAAGUGGCUGCUGCUGCGCGCUUUUCCCGAAAAAGAGAAGGGACCCUGGGCGGGGAGGACAGCGUUCGCCCCAGUUCCCCUGCGGGGAUAUUGGAGGGUGUGUGUGUGUGUGUGUAUGUUCGUCAGGCAAGGCAACCGCCCGGCGCGUUUUCCCCGAGGCGCCUGCUGCAAGGGCAACUGGUGUGACUUCAAGUGCUUUGUGACUUCACCCCCCGCCAGGCGGCUAACAAGUCCUCCCGCCGCGCCGCCAGUCCGCCGCCCCCAUGCCCAUUGCCGGCGAGAGGCAGCCACUGAUCCCCAAGGGGGGCCGCGGGUGGAUGCCCUGCGCCUUCACGCGGGGAGUGGCCUUCAUCCCGACGCUGCUGGUGUCCUGGUCUUCGGCCGCCUUCAUCAUCUCCUACGUGAUCGCCGUGCUCUGCGGCCAUGUGGAGCCGCUUUUCCCGUAUAUCAGUGACACAGGUGCAAAGCCUCCAGAAAGUGGUAUCUUUGGGUUUAUGAUUAAUGUUUCUGCAUUUCUAGGUGCAGCGACAAUGUAUACAAAAUAUUUAAUUAUAAAGAAGCAGAAUGACGUGACAAAUUUCAUUCCUCCUUAUUUCAAUUUCAUUACGUUAAUUAUUGGUGUGCUGGGUUGUGUUGGAAUGGGCAUCGUUGCAAGUUUUCAGGAGCUAGCGGUACCUGCUGUCCACGACGGAGGAGCCCUUGUGGCUUUUCUAUCUGGCGUUCUGUACAUUAUCCUUCAGACUGUCAUCUCUUACAAGUCACGUCCUCAGUGGAGCACUCUUUGUAUAUGUCACAUACGACUGGCCCUUUCUCUAAUGGCCUUUGUAGCUGCCAUCCCCAUGAUUGCAUGCGCUUCACUAAUUUCCAUAACAAAAAUAGAUUGGAAUCCAGGUGAAAAGGAUUACAUGUAUCAUUUUGUGAGCGCAGUCUGCGAAUGGAUAGUAGCCUUUGGUUUUGUUUUCUACUUCUUAACAUUCAUCAAGGAGUUUCAGAGAGUUACCGUAAGGAUAUCGACAGAAAUGCAUGAUAGCGUUUGACUACAUUUUAUCCAUUAGGAUCAUAGAAGCUGGAACCGGGGGGUUAUUAAACUGUUGCAGGAAAACAGGAGCGGUCAAAGCCGACGCAACGCGGCCCUGCUGCAUCAAUGCUGCAAUUCGCAUAAUCUUAGUCAAGGCAGAGUUUUUUUACCACUGUCCCCUAGUUUUG